UUUCUGUCAAAUCUUACCCAGUCUCAGAACAAGUCUACUAAACCCUUUCAAACUCUUUCUCCUGGUCUCUCUUCUUCUCUGUUCCAUCCAUGGCUGCCGUUUUCAUGAACCCUAACAUCACCUUCCCCACCCCCAAAACCUUCACUUCCAUAAACCCUAGGAUACCUACUUCAUCAUCCUUCUUCCCUUCAUCUAAAUCCCUAAAAUCCCAACAAUCUUCUUCUAUCAAGUCAAUCAAAUGUUCAAUCUCAGCCUCUUCAGCUUCAUCUUCAUCAUCAACAACAACAACAACAACGGCAAAACAUAUUCGUCCAGAAUACAUACCAAACAAAAUCUCAGAUCCAAAUUAUGUACGGAUUUUCGACACAACGUUGAGAGACGGUGAACAAUCGCCAGGAGCAACAAUGACUAGUAAAGAAAAACUUGAUGUGGCGAGACAAUUGGCGAAACUUGGUGUUGAUAUAAUUGAGGCUGGAUUUCCAGCUUCGUCUAAAGAUGAUGCUGAAUCUGUUAAACUUAUUGCUAAAGAAGUUGGGAAUACUGUUGAUAGUGAUGGUCAUGUACCUGUGAUUUGUGGAUUAGCUAGAUGUAAUAAGAAUGAUAUUGAUACUGCCUGGGAAUCUGUUAAAUAUGCAAAGAAGCCGAGAAUUCAUACUUUUAUCGCCACUAGUGAGAUUCAUUUGAAAUAUAAAUUGAGGAAAUCAAGGGAACAAGUUUGUGCUAUUGCUACAGAAAUGGUUGCUUAUGCUAGAAGUUUGGGCUGUCAGGAUGUCGAAUUUAGUCCUGAAGAUGCCGGAAGAUCUGAUAGGGAAUUUCUUUAUCAAGUUCUUGGAGAGGUUAUUAAAGCUGGUGCGACGACCCUCAACAUCCCAGAUACUGUUGGUUAUACUUUGCCAAGUGAAUUUGGAAAGUUGAUUAGUGAUAUCAAAUCAAAUACUCCUGGAAUAGAGAAUGUGGUCAUCUCGACACAUUGCCAGAAUGAUCUAGGUCUUUCUACUGCUAACACUUUGGCGGGGGCCAAUGCAGGUGCAAGGCAAGUAGAGGUAACUGUAAAUGGAAUCGGGGAAAGAGCCGGAAAUGCUUCUUUGGAGGAGGUUGUGAUGGCAAUAAAAUGUCGAGGGGAUGAGCAAUUAGCAGGACUGUAUACUGGAAUCAACACCAGACACAUCGUCAUGGCAAGCAAGAUGGUGGCAGAAUAUACAGGAAUGUCUGUACAGCCUCACAAGGCUAUUGUCGGAGCUAAUGCUUUUGCACAUGAAAGUGGUAUCCACCAGGAUGGGAUGCUUAAAUUUAAAGGUACAUAUGAGAUCAUGUCUCCUGAGGAUGUUGGUUUAUCUCGGUCUAAUGAAUCUGGCAUUGUUCUUGGGAGGUUGAGUGGAAGGCAUGCUUUGAAGUCUCGCCUUUUGGAGCUGGGCUAUGAGUUGGAUGGAAAGGAACUUGAUGAUGUCUUUUGGCGUUUCAAAGCAGUUGCUGAGAAGAAAAAGAACUUAUCUGAUGGUGACAUAGAGGCAUUGGUCUCUGAUGAAGUUUUCCAGCCGCAAGUUGUAUGGUCUGUCGGGGAUAUGCAGGUCACAUGUGGAACCCUUGGCCUUUCUACAGCAACUGUUAAGCUAAUCGGCGCUGCUGAUGGAGUGGAGCAUGUUGCUUGUUCUGUUGGAACAGGCCCAGUAGAUGCAGCUUACAAAGCCAUUGAUCUCAUUGUUAAGGUACCCGUAAUGCUCCUUGAGUACUCCAUGAGUUCAGUCACAGAAGGCAUUGAUGCAAUAGCUUCCACCCGUGUUGUAAUACGUGGAGAAAAUGGCCACACUUCCACCAAUGCUAUUACUGGAGAAACUGUCCAUCGCACUUUCAGUGGAACUGGGGCAGGGAUGGAUAUCGUUGUCUCCAGUGUCAGGGCCUAUGUUAACGCUCUUAACAAAAUGAUGGGUUUCAAGAGUGUAUCCGCAUCGAAGGUUUCUCCUGAAUCUUCUCAGAGUUCAUAAGAAGGCAAAGUCUUCUUAAAAACAUUAAUAAAACGUCACUUGUGCCUUUUCUGUAUACAGGCUUCCUAAACUUAGAAGGUGUAGCCCAUAGUACUUAUUUUGCCUUGAUGCAUGUAAAUUAGUUAAUAAAACAUUAUCGUUCUGUUAGUUUCAACUUUCUGUGUCCACUCAUGUUGUGUUUAUUUCUCUUUUAACCUCUGCAAGACGUGGAACAUUUUUGAAUUAUGUAAAAAUUAGAACUUGGUUUUAGAAUAUUUAUUGGCUAUUGAUAUACAAGUUGGUGAA